AUAUAUGUGUACUGUAGUGCUCGUACAAUGUAAAAAUUUCUUUGUAAAAGCUGAUUUUAUGUAAAUUGGUGCACUUAGUUCUAGAUACAGUUACCACAAUUAUAAUAAUGAAUAUAUAACGUUAAUAAUUAACCUAUCGAUAAUUCCUAUUAAGUUUUAUGGAGUUUGUAACGUGAAAUUGUUUGAAAAUGAUAUAAAAUAUCAUUUUAGAAAAAGCUUAUUGAAGGGAAAUGAGUAAGAUGUAAAUGAUGCAUUGCUUUACGUGUAACUUAUGAAAUUUGUCAACAUUGAUAUUUUUAAACGUCUAAGAUACAUCGCGGUUACAUAAAACAUUCCAUUUAAAAUACGUGUUCCAGUCAUUAUCGUCAUAUUUCGCUAAUAAUAUGGUGAUGGCAGGGAACGAUAACACCUCUGGAUCUUUAGCAGAAGAUUCACUGUCUACAAGAUUACAAUGGCUUCGUCAACGCCGAGAAGCAUUACAAGAAAAGUUAGCUCAAAAAAAUACGGAACUGAAAAAUCUGUGUGUAGAGGAAGCCGAAUUAACUGGUGUCUUACCACCAGAGAUUCCAUUAGAACCUGGAGAAAGUCCACCACUAUUUCGUAAAAGAGUUGGAACCGCAUUUACAUACCCACAAAAUUUAAUUAAUAAGCUAAAGACAAAUGAAGUCGAAGAAUCUGCUCUAGAAUUAGAACGACAAGUUCAGAUUGGUAUAGUGGAAGCUGCAUUAGGGAUUGUAAAUGAUCCUAGAGAAAGUAAAGCAGUUCGUCGUAAGCAUAGACUUAUCUAUCAACAGAGUCAACGUAGACUUCAAGAAUUAGAAGCACGACUGAAUUUUAUAAGACAGAGUCGUAGUAAAACACAUAAUUCAACACAAUCUCAACACUCCAGCAUUUGUAAUACCCAAUCAUAUUUGCAUACCAAUGUAAAGCAUAGAACAAAAAAACCUCGUCCACCGCUAGAUAACACAGUAAAUGACAUGAAUAUGAAGGUAACAAGAGGAUUGCUUCAGGAAGGUGGCAUAAGCUUAAGUCCAGUAGGAUCAGAAGACAAAUGCAACACUUAUCCUGGUCAUGGAUAUGAUGAUCAAUCGUUGAUAUCUAAUACUUAUAAUCAUAAUCAUAUUAGUGCUUAUUGCUCUACAUUCUCUGAUCAGAGGCAAAAUAUUAAAAUAAUAGAACAUGACCACAAUGAUAAUCAAAAUGUUUACAUAUUACCUGACCAAUAUCGUACACGAACGUAUUCGCAUGGAAGCGGUGGUUCACGAAAUCAAAAUCAUUAUCAGGAUAAUGAGCGAAUAUAUCGUCCUGUACCAAAUACAUAUACUGAAAAUGAACGACAAUUACGAUAUCGUCAGUUUCAACAACAGCAGCUACAAGAUCAUGUACAUAAUUAUCAGCAGUAUUCUGAUUAUAAACAUUUGGAUAAUGAUGUUCAACGAAGAUCGAGUCAAGAAUAUUACGAAAGAGAUUUUCGCACAUUACAUCAUGCACAUCUACCAGAAUUUCCGGUAUAUCAUAAAAAUAAUUCUCAAUUACAAUCUUUACUUAGACGAGAUCGUGAUUCUAGUGGAAAUAAAAAUGUACGAUACAUAGAUUUACCUAGUGAGCCACAACUACCUUCGGGUUAUUGGAUGCGAUGCGAUGAUGAAAUUGUUUGGUGCCCUGAUGAACAAUCUGCUUCAGAUAGAUUCGGUAGUCUAGAUCGAAGGAAACGUAAUGCUGUACAACAUACUAACAGUAUUGGAACUGAUAUCCAACCCCGAUAUCGUACAGUAUCUGUAGGAUGCACUAAAAAUUCUCCUUAUAUCGUAUCUCAUCAAAAUGCCUCUGUUCAUUUGCUUCCUUUGUCAGAGCAACCGUCAACGAACAAGAUGUUGCUUCGCACACAAUCUUUGGGCAGCGUAGAAAAAUGGCACCCAAAUCAUUUACAUGAAUUGCCCGAUAGUAAGGAUGCAACAGAUAAUGUUAGUCGCAAAGGAAAAGAAAAAGAAUGGUAUGAAACUUCCUUAGAUUCGCGUACAAGUCCAGGAUUAGAUACUAAUUUAAUAUCAUCGCAUAAGAACAUUCACUAUCCAUCUGCUCUUCCUGUAUGUUCUAAAACAUCUAUGAGCAACAACAGUGACGAUGGAAGAAAUAAUUAUGUACCUACAAUUAAUCACCGUAAAACUGAUAUAUUAAUUACUGAAAAUGAUCAGCAUUUACAACCAUUGUCGCCCCGUUAUGAAUCAACGCGGAAGAAAGUGCUUGAAAUUCCAGCCGAAUCAAAACCACUUCAAGAAACAAGCGAAGAAGCCAUAAUAUUGGGAUCAGCUCAGAAUUGUACAAUUGUUCAAGCGGGAAAAUAUCAACCAUAUAGAGAAGUUACAAAACCUUUUGAAAUGUCAGAUUUUUAUAAAUAUUCUACUAAAUUCCGCAAAAGAAACGAGAUGAAUGGACAGAAUGCUUCGAAUGAAACUCAAGAUGAUUCUCGGGAAACAAAUGAUCCAGAACUUGAUGCUUCAAAUAUCAUGCAUAAUGGAUCAGUUGCUGGUUCAGUUCAAAAAAGAAUUUAUCAGCCUGUUCAACGAAUGACAUGUCAGCCUUAUCUUGCGUCAUUGAGAUAAUUUUUUAUUCGUUUAUAGAUGAUGGCAAAUUUAAACAAGUAGAGUGAGCCAGGUCGGAUAGGCUGGACCUGUCUAAAAAAAAUAUUUAUAAUGUAUUUUUUCAUUUGUAAUAGACUGAAAUAUGAUAUACUAAUAGAAGUAAUUUCUAUUAUAGCAGUUGACAUGAUGAAAAGAAUAUUGUAAUAUGAUCGUAAGAAAUUGCUUUCCUCUUACUUCUUGGUCUUCUUAACAAAAUGAUUAAUUCAGUAUUACUAAAUAGUUUCAGUACUUCUGUGGUUAAAGAAACGUGUGCUCUUAUACACAUUAAGUAAAAUGUUGCAACUUUUAGAAAAUUUAAUUGGGUGAUAAUUGUGAACAUUGCUUAAAUAUCAAUUUAGCGUUGAAAUUUUACUAGUGCCUUAUUCUGACACAAAAUUGUUAUUAAACUUAUACAAAAAUAUUUAUCAACUUAAUGUAAAUGAACAGUAGAUAUAUAAGAAAUUAAUUAUUAAAAAUAUGACAUUGCAGGAGUAACUUGGAAUUUCUUUUUAAUCCAAGCUGCUUAAGCUUUGUAUAUAUUAUAUAGUCAUGGCCUGAUAGAAUAUGUAGCAGAAUAUAUCAAAGUGAUUGUAUUUUAUUUAACUAAUUGCUUUGAUUCGUAUUAUAGAAAAUGGAUAUUUUUAUAACUGAUUUUAUAGAAUAUUUAUAGAAUAGAUUGCUUUUAAAAUAACGUACAGAAUUGAAAGCACAUUUGAAACGAAAAAAUGGAGUUGCUAAAAUUACAAAACAUAUAUUGAUUAAAUAGUAAUAGUAUGGAAUAUUUCUUUAGAUCAUAUAUUUUAAUAUAUUGUAUAUUCAUGGAAAUAGU